AUGGGACGCACGCGCGUGGUGAUUUGGUUCAGGAAUGAUUUGAGGUUGUUGGACAACGCGUGCGUCGCGCGCGCGGCGACGCUCGCGAGCGAAUCGAGCGACGUCGAGGUCGUGCCGGUGUACGUGUUCGAUGAAACGUAUUUUAAGCCAUCAAAGCGCGGUCUCGCGAGAUUCGGCGCUGGACGAGGGAAGUUCACGCUCGAAUGCGUCGGCGACUUGAAGACGUCGCUUCGCGCGCUCGGCAGCGACCUAUUGGUGCGAUGUGGGAAAUCGCGAGAUGUCAUCGCCGAGCUCACGCUCACGGGAGCAAACGAUCGUACGAUCAUUUUGACGCAGACCGAGGUCACGAGCGAAGAGACUGAAAUGGAUGUGGCCGUGGAGCGGGCGACGAGAGAGCGAGCUCGAGGCGGCGCCGCCUCGGCGACGAUGGAGCGACACUGGGGAUCGACACUUUAUCACAUAGAUGACGUCCCUUUCGACGUGACAUCGGGACUCUCCGAUCUUCCAGAUGUGUUCACCCCGUUUAGAAACAAGGUCGAGUCGAAGUGCAAGGUGCGAGACGUCAUUCCCGCGCCGACGGCGAACGAACUUGGCCACGUUCCGGCAUCCGUCGAAGGGUUCGAGUGGAUGCCAAAGCCGAGCGAUUUACCGUUCGCCUCUAGCGAGAUCGCGAUGGAUUGCGAUAAGCGGAUCAAAGAUUGCCUCGAUGAACGAUCGGUCCUCGAUUUUAAGGGCGGUGAGUCGAACGCGUUGGCGCGCGUCAAGUACUACUUGUGGGAGUCUGACCGCCUGGCGACGUACUUUGAGACGAGAAACGGCAUGCUCGGUGGGGAUUACAGCACCAAGCUCGCUCCGUGGCUUGCCCUCGGGUGCGUUUCGCCGCGUCACGUCGUGAGUGAGAUUCGCAGAUACGAAAGCGAGCGCGUGGAGAAUAAGAGCACGUACUGGGUCAUAUUCGAACUCAUAUGGCGCGACUUCUUCAAGUUUUUUGCCCUCAAGCACGGAAACAAAAUUUUCCACCUCGAUGGCACGGCGGGCAGACGAGCGUCUUGGAAGCGCGAUGAGAAGAUUUUGAAAGCAUGGAAGACAGGCACGACUGGCUAUCCGCUCAUUGACGCCAACAUGCGCGAGCUCGCGGCGACCGGUUUCAUGUCAAACCGCGGUCGACAAAAUGUCGCCUCGUGGCUGGCCCUCGACGCGGGCAUCGACUGGAGGCAUGGUGCGGACUGGUUUGAGCAUCACUUGCUGGAUUACGACACCGCGUCAAACUGGGGGAACUGGUGCGCGGCCGCUGGUAUGACGGGUGGGCGAAUCAACCGAUUCAACAUCGCGAAGCAAACAAAAGAUUACGAUCCCGCGGGUGAAUACAUCAAAACGUGGGUCAAGGAGUUGGCCGAGGUCCCUGCGGCGUACAUCGCCGACCCCAACCAGGCCCCUCGCGAGCUUCGCGAUCGCAUCGGUCUCAACUAUCCCAAUAAACUCGCCCUACCGAGGCGCGAUUUCACCGAGAUGGGUUCGCCUCCCGGUCCCAGGCGCGGCGGCGGCGGCGGCGGCCGCGGCCGCGGUCGUCCCGGCGGAUCCACCCCCAACCGCGGCACCAAGGCUCGCGUCGCGAGCGUGUACGACACCGUGUACGGGUAA